CGGCCGUGAGAUGGUUUGGCAGGAUGGGAGCUGCGAGGAGAACACCUACGCUACCCUGCCAUAGUUUCCCAUGUUUUCUGCAAAUUUGUUUCUCGUAAUACGGAAUUCAAUUAACGCUGGAAACCAACUGAUCGUCGCAAUGGUGCACCACUCGGGCUCCAUCCAGUCCUUCAAGCAGCAGAAAGGCAUGCACACCAGCAUCAGCGAGAUCCUGAAGGAGAAAAGCCUGAAGCCGUCUCGCCGCAGCCUGCCCUGCCUGGCCCAGAGUCAGACUCAUCCAAUCAACCUCAACCACUUCCUGUCUGUGCCUCUGAGCCCAGAGCCCAAACCAGAGGUUGAGGGUCUGACUCAGAGCAUCAGCACCUCCUGCAGCCUCCUGCCCCCACAGACAGCAGAGGAUGCAAAGGAUCAGUACGUGGAGGAGUCAGAGGUGACUACGUGUGAAACCAGAGCAGACGAGUCAUUUCUGCUGCAAAAGCCUGUCACCCGUGCUAGACUAGAGGCCCGCACAGACUCACUUCAGGGAAAGAAUCCAGCUCAUUCCUCUGGGCUGUUUUUCCGAGAUGGGAAAAAGCGUAUCGACUACAUCCUGGUUUACAAGAAGUCCAGUCCACAGGUGGAAAAGAGGUGCACCUUUGAGAAGAACUUGCGCGCUGAGGGUCUGAUGCUGGAGAAGGAGCCCUCCUUGACGAACAACGACAUCAUGUUUGUGAAGGUCCAUGCUCCCUGGGAUACGCUUUGCAAAUAUGCAGAGCAGAUGAACAUUCGAAUGCCUUUCAGGAAAAAGUGUUACUUUACGGACUUGAAGAGCAAAACCUUGGGCAGCAGGUUUCAUCUGAGAUGUCGUCAGAUAAAAAGCUGGCUUCCCAGAAAUCCCAUGAAGCUGGACAAAGAGGCCUUGCCUGACCUGGAGGAAACCGACUGCUACACGGCCCCCUUCAGCAGAGCACGCAUGCAUCACUUCACUAUCAACAAUAAAGAGACCUUCUUCUCCAAUUCCACCAGAAGCAGAAUAGUCCAUCAUGUGCUGCAGCGCACCAAAUAUGAGGAUGGAAAAUCAAAGAUGGGUAUCAACCGGUUAUUGGGCAACAACACAUAUGAGGCUGCGUUUCCUCCUCAUGAGGGUGGUUACAAGAGCAGACACCCAAUUAAGACACACGGUGCCCAGAACCACAGGCAUCUUCUGUAUGAGCGCUGGGCCCGCUGGGGGAUCUGGUACAAAUACCAACCUCUGGACCUCAUUAGGCGUUACUUUGGUGAGAAAAUUGGUCUUUACUUUGCAUGGUUGGGCUGGUACACUGGCAUGCUGAUCCCUGCCGCCCUGGUCGGUGUUUUUGUCUUCCUCUAUGGCCUCUUCACUAUGGACUCCAGCCAAGUCAGUAAAGAGAUUUGUGAAGCCAACACCACCAUCAUGUGUGCCAUGUGUGAGGAGACCUGUGAGCCAUGGACGCUGAGUGACAGCUGUGUCUACGCCAAGGUGACCCAUCUGUUUGAUAAUGGCGGCACUGUGUUCUUUGCUAUCUUCAUGGCUAUUUGGGCCACAGUAUUCCUGGAGUUCUGGAAAAGGAGGAGGGCAGAACUGACUUAUGACUGGGAUCUCAUCGAUUGGGAGGAGGAAGAGGAGGAGCUGAGGCCUCAGUUUGAAGCCAAGUACUCCAGGGUGGAGAGAGUCAACCCUAUCUCUGGCAAGCCCGAGCCUUUCCAGCCCUUCUCAGACAAACUCAGCCGGCUCAUGGUGUCUGUGUCCGGAAUAUUUUUCAUGAUUUCCCUCGUCCUGACAGCCGUUUUUGCUGUGGUGGUUUUCCGUCUCAUCGCGAUGGAGAAGUUUGCCUCCUUCGGCUGGUACUUUGUGAAGAAGAACUGGCAGUUUGCCACCUCUGGCACCGGCGUCUGCAUCAACUUCAUGAUCAUCAUGUCUCUCAACGUGGUGUAUGAAAAAGUGGCCUAUCUGCUGACCAAUUUAGAGCACCCACGCACAGAGUCUGAGUGGGAGAACAGCUUUUCUCUGAAGAUGUUCCUGUUCCAGUUUGUAAAUUUAAACAGCUCCACAUUUUACAUCGCUUUCUUUCUGGGAAGGUUUGCUGGCAGGCCUGGAAAAUACAAUAAACUCUUUAACCGAUGGAGACUGGAGGAGUGUCACCCGAGUGGCUGUUUGAUAGAUCUGUGCCUGCAAAUGGGAGUCAUCAUGUUCUUCAAACAAAUCUGGAACAACUUCAUGGAGCUCGGUUAUCCUUUGCUGCAGAACUGGUGGUCUCGUAGGAAGAUGAAGAAAGGAGGUGGUGGAGGGCAGAAUGUAGAGAAUAAAGCCCAGCUUCCACAGUGGGACAAAGACUGGAAUCUGCAGCCGAUGAACGCCCAUGGACUGGUAGACGAAUACCUUGAAAUGGUUCUCCAGUUUGGCUUCACCACCAUCUUUGUGGCUGCAUUCCCGCUGGCUCCGCUCCUCGCUCUGCUCAACAACAUCAUUGAGAUUCGCCUUGACGCCUACAAGUUUGUCACUCAGUGGAGGAGACCCAUGCCUGCCCGAGCCACUGACAUAGGUAUCUGGCAUGGGAUUCUUGAAGGAAUCGGCGUGCUGGCAGUCAUCACCAACGCCUUCGUCAUCGCCAUCACCUCAGACUACAUCCCCCGCUUUGUUUACGCCUUCAAAUAUGGCCCAUGUGUCAACAAGGGACACCGCCUUGAGGAUGAGUGUUUGCGAGGCUACAUGAACAGCAGCCUGUCUGUGUUUGAGAUGGAGAACACCAGUCCAGUCAGAUACUGCAGGUACAGAGACUACAGAGCGCCGCCCUGGAGCGCUGUGCCGUAUGAAUUCACCCUGCAGUUCUGGCACGUCUUGGCUGCCAGGCUGGCCUUCAUCAUUGUCUUUGAGCACCUGGUGUACGGGAUCAAGUCCUUCAUAGCAUACCUCAUUCCGGACAUGCCGAAGGAUCUGUGCGAUCGCAUGAGGAGGGAAAAGUACCUGAUGCAGGAGAUGAUGUACGAAGCAGAACUGGAGCACCUGCAGAAGGAGAGGAAGAAGAACGGACGGCGUUAUCACCACGAGUGGCCUUAGCUUUUACCCCCUUGUCUCCACUACACACCGCGCAGCCCUCAACUCACAGGCACAACCUCCCCCCUGCCUGCUUAUUUAUGUAUUUUUAGCUUUGAGAGUCUAGCUUUACUCGGCUGAUUCUGUACACCAAAGACACCCUCUUCAGUAACCGGAUCCUCCCCCAAAACCUGUCUGGCUUCAGGCUGUGACCCCAACCACUCCCUCACCAUCUGUUCCACGUCCAGUGUUGGCGCUGCUCUUGGCUUUUGGCUCUGACCCUCUCCCCGGCCACCCCGCCCCGCUCCGCCUCCUCACCAGGCUUCAUCCAGCAGGUUGCCCUUGGGUCUGUGCUGUGUCAUGGCUUCACUGGGGAGACCUGUGCAAUUGUAAUGUUUACUAUGCAGAUCAAGGGCUGCAGAUCACCACUGUUCACUUUUUGGCACCCAUCCUGCACUCUCUCUGUGUGGCAGCUAGCACUCCACUUCGACUCUGUUUGGUGCAGCUCGCAGCAUGGCCCUGUUUGUUUUUUUUUUUUCUUUGUGAGCAUCAACAGAGCCACCGCUCUGCCGGUUAUAUGUGACAGAGCUCCUGCGGCUCUAGCGUUCCUUGUUGCAAAAGAGAUUCUGGUGAUGUGGCUACCAAAUACAACGGACAUUGUUCCUGCAAAGCGACUGUAUAUCGCACUUGAAGCAUGCUGAGUAAUAUUUGCGGCCAUUUCGUAAACUGCAAAGAAAAAAAUAACAAAAACAACGGCACUCAUUGUGGAGGAUGUGGACAUCCAUUCAUUUGACAAAGAAUUCUCUAUGACAUGAUAUAAAGUGCAUGGUAAUAUUGUUUUGUACCUUUUUUGAUAGACAAAGUCCCUGUCUUGAUGCCUGGUUCCUGUGUGUCUGUACUCCUCGGUGUGAGCUGAGUGUUAAUCCCUGUCCACGCUACUGCUGAGCUUGACUGUCCUGAGUCGAGGAAAUGUGAACUUAGUGCGAUUUGAUUGUGCCUACAGUUGUGCGCACCACAGUUGUGUCACCAACAUCACGUGUGCCUGUUUGUGCUGCACGUGCUUUCUUUCAAGUGCAAGAAAUAUUCUCUCUCGUCGUUCUGUUGUGUGAUCUUCUGUAAACUCUCUGAACUCUCCUGUAAGGAUUUGCUUUGGAUGUGAGUCACACCACAGUACCUACUCGGGUCUCCGCUAAUGGCUCUGAAACAUGGUAUACGUUGUAAUGUGACUCCCAUCAUGAACAAUGUAUAGGCUUGCAUGCAGGAGCCGCAAAUCUGCUCUUCCGUUCUGCGCUCGCAGCCUGUUUUUCAUUUGUUGUUGGAAGCCCUGAAGCGUGGUUGAAACUUGGAAUCCCGUCUUAGACAUACCUGUGGCUUUGGAUGUUCAACUUGCAAAGAACAUCCAUCCACUGUUCCUCACUCACAACCAACACACUUCAGUUCUAGUCCUCUGCGAAGCACACGGUUAGGCGCAGUUUCGGCUGCUCCUCGACCUUUUACUAAUGUGAAACCGUGAAAUUUGUUCAGUGCAGAGUCAUGACCUUUUAUUGUGGUCAGUUCUAAUGUCAUGGAGCAGAGCGUUUUUUUGGAAACUCAGGAAAACAGGCAGCAUGAGCGACGCAUCCAUCUGUGAGGCUGAGUCAUUAACAUAAUCAUUUCCUGUUUUACUCAUGUUGAGAUGGAGAGUUGUGGUGUGAAUGGAGGGGGUUUGUGUUUUGUAAAUGAUGAGAGCUUUGGCUCAGAAGCUCCAGUUCAGGUCAUAUGAUGGAAAAUAAGAUUUAGUAAAUAACUGAAGAUAAAGAAUAUUACUACCCUGAAUGCACUGCACAACACUGAAAAACUUUUAUUCAUUUUGUUGUUUUUUGUAUAUACAUUUUAUGAUGUAUGUAAUGUUUUUAUACUUUUUUUUGUGCUAUCUGGAUGAGUUCACCAAUUUUCGCCCUCAAAAGAACAAAGGUAACAUCCACAUUUCUCAGGUGUCCUCUGAAUGUUUUAUAUUUUCUAAGAUGCAAUCAAAAGGUGUCCUGCUUUUUAAUAUAUAUAUAUUUUUGCACUGCAGUGCAUUUUGCAUGACUAUAAUGCGCACUCACUGUUUGAAGCAUGUUGGACUUCCUUUGCAUAAUCACAGUAAAUAUAUAAGAGCCGAUCAGAAAUCAUGAGAUUCAGUAACAAAGUUUAAUGUGGACAUAGGCUUAUGAUGCAAGUUGUUUUUUGAGGCCCUGUCUACAUGUAUACAAGAAUUUUUUGAAAACAGAUAUUUUACCCUUCAUUUAAAGAAAUAAUUCUGUCCGCACAAACUUUUUAAAAAAAAUAAUAAUAAAAAAAAAAAUGUCCACACUAGAACACAAAAAUGACUCCCAAUGCUUGUCGGCAUUAGCUUACUUCAGGAGUCUCCCCUUGUCGCAAAGGUUGUAAAGUAUGCACUGAUAUUAGCUUUUACAAAACAUAUACUCGAAAUCUCAUCAAUUUAUAUUUCCAGUUGAUAUAAGAAAGAAGGAGGUCAUUUAAACAAAAUAAUAAUCUGGUCAUGCUUCAGUUUUCCUUUCUCUCCUCAUCAACAACAAUCCCCCUCUGGAAAGUGUCCCACUAUGUGCUCUUUCAACUGGUGCUGUGUGAGAGACUCACCAUGUUGAUGUGUGUUUCCCCCUACUUAAAUUGAACCAGAACCAUAGCCCAAAGUCUAACCACUGAAGGGGGUGCUACACUUGUACAAGGGGAAACUGGAAAACUGUUGUUUCUGAUGGUAUUCAAGCUGCAGAUGCUGAAGUGGAGCAAAAACAUUUAGUGCAGCAAUGGCUCCUUUUGUCAGUGAAGUAUAAAAGAGGCGAGAGCACAGGCAGCAUUACCUGUUGGCUGUGAGUGGCACGGCCUGACACCAAGGAGGCUGUCUGUGCUCUCGCCUGUUUUAUCGUUUGCCAGCAAUACUUAUAUUUUCAUGGUAUAAUA